GUUGUCAGUCUGGACACGCACGCAGGGGUACGCUCAUCACAAGACUUUGUACACCACCCAGACUCUAGCGGUCACGAAAACUACAGCGGCUGGAGCGACGUGCGCAGAGCAGGUUAGGACAUGGAGAAAAAUGGCAAGACCGAUGCCCCGGUAAACCCUAGUGCCAGCGCGGGUAUGACCCAAGAGAAUCAGGGCACAUGGGACAGCUCGACCCAGACGUUCCACGGAGGGCAAGAUUGGGCGCACCUCUCUAACUUUGUGGAGGACUUUAGCGUCACGACAAAUGGGCUAGGCACCCCUGAAGCCGCGUUGCAAGCCGCCUACAAAGCGGUUGCUGGCAUCAAGCACUACCCGCCCUCCGACUUUGAGCCGGCGGCGUCCGACCUGGCGCGGUUCUUGUGGCCCGGAGAGUCCUGGACGCAGGGGAGACAGCGUCUUCUGCUAGGAAACGGCGCGAGCGAAUUGAUUGAUCUUGUCAUCCGCAACGCGAACCCCGGCCGAUGGCGGCCCGGGCCUCAACGCACCCAGUACAAGGAGUAUGCUCGCUCCGCUCUUGCUGCAGGCUUCACCACGGCGGACCCCACCGACCGGUCGGCCACUUUGAUGUGCCUCGUCAACCCGACCAACCCCACCGGGGACUACUGGGGCGUUGAAGAAAUGAAGGCGUUCAUUGAGGGGGGAUGCGACUCCGGAACCACGGUGAUCGUCGACGAGAGUAUGCAACCGUGGCUAGGACCCAAAUGGAGGGAAGAUAGCCUCUACUCUCAAGCAGAGUGGCUUCGGAGCAUGUCCGUUGAUAAGGGGGUGCACGUGUGGGUCAUGACCAGCUGGACCAAGAUUUGGUCCUGCUGCGGCGUGAGACUGGGUUCAGUCGUAGCGCCGACGACCGAGCUGCAGAAGGCGGUGAAGGCCAAGCAGGUACCGUGGAGCGUGAACAGCAUCGCUUUGCAUUUCCUGUCGGAGGCCAUCAGGGACACCGCCUACCUCGAGAGGACGUGGGACCUGACGAAGGUCUGGAAUCGCGACACACGCAGGGAGAUCCUGGAGCAGCACCCAGACUGGGAGGUGCAUGGGAAGGACUUCCUCUCCUGGCUAUGGAUAGACACUCACGACGAGGCGGUGACUGCGGACGUCGUUCGCCUCGCUCGCGCUGCGGGCGUUCCUGUGCGGUCGGGGGCACCUGGCUACAACCUCCCGACCUUUUUUAGGAUCGCUGUCCGUAAGGAAGCACAGAGGGCGGCACUGUGGAAAGCGCUUCUUCCGCUGGCCCCGUCCUCUUAGCCGUAGGUUAGGUCGCUUGAUGUUAGCUUUGGAUAGGUGUCAAGGGUAUUGAGGGCUGAGAGUUGAAUUUAUCAGUGUUUCCAAGGUUCAUGGUUGGUUACAUACAUGCGAUUGAGUGGUGCAGUUGGUAUUUUUGCACCCUCGUGACGUUUGGGAACCGGUUCGAUGGUCGGGGAAGUCACACACACUGGGGGUAUGUCCUAAAACAUGGAUUGAAUGUUUUAGGCGUACUCAACACUGUGGACACCUUAACGGUCGACGAGAGUGCGGAACAGUCGAAUACUUGUCGCGAUACAAAUUAGGCCAAGCACCGAAGACAGACGGCUAAAAAACAAACUCGUGUGGCUUUUCUGUGUGACCCCGCGUGAUGUGUCCGGAAAAUGUUCCGAUAGAAAGACCAACGCCCAGAAUAUGUGGGACGGCGCAAACACAGCACACACACGAGUCGAGUGCAAGGUAGCAGCCUUCGUAGACGUGUGUAGUUUUCUUCUGUUGCUACCGUUUCUGUCUUUCAUCCGGAGGAUAGGUUAGUCUCCCCCAUCCCGUCCCCUCACGGGGUCCCAGUUAGUGGCACUAGAAGUGUUUUGUGUUUUCAGCCGCACUGAGACUGACGUCUUUUCAUUGGUCAGCCGGUUAGCGCGGUCGAUGCUAACAUUAAUACACACACACACGAUGCCGAAUGUGGGUAGCGGCGGGAGGGGUAGCGGUUUGCUUUUGAAACGAGCUAGUAGGUUCUUCGUGCUGGCAGCCAAAUGGGUCGAACCGCGGCUCUGUUUGGUAGUCAAGUACCGCACGUGUGAAAUCGUUCCGUCGUUGCGGUUGUGUGCUAUAUGAGAAUUAUUUCCAGAAGAGAGGGGGUGGGGAAGGGUAUUGGGUUGUGGUUGUGCUAGCAAGGCCACGUGGGAUUUGGUAGAAGAAAAAUCCAGUCGUCAAGAGGUAUAUCCGUGCUGCAAUGGAGCAUGCUGUCGAACCCAACAAAAGGGAAGAGAGAUGAGGGAGGUACCAAUUGUUUUGUAACCUUAUGACAAGAAGUCGUAAUACCUGAGUUUUUUUGCGAGGACUAAGGCACGUGCCGGUGUUUUUUUAGGGUCUGCAGAUAGAUAUAGGUCGCCUGGGAAUAGGUCAGCCAGCGUUAUUUGUUUUCUCUCCUUCGGUUCUAGGCGUGUGACGAGUGUAAAAUAUCACAUCAAGACCGCUUAGGUUGGUAGAUAUCUUGGAUGGGGUAGCAAGUUUCCGCUAUCCGGCUCCAGGGCCAGCGCUGUCGUGCAUCCCACUUUGUUCGGACACAGCAGUGUAUCCAUCAUUUGUCUUGUGCUACCCACGCCAGCCGGAGUCGCAUAAUAUCAGGACGGCCGCGUAGGUUUUGUUUGUUUUUCCACUUUCCUCCUGCGGUACUUCGCCAAACGUUGGCCACAAAAAAAAUCUCGCAGUCCAAAUGUUGUACAAACGAUUUGCUCGUUUUCCACGUGUGGGCGUCGAGUGAGAUUUCGAUCCAAUGCCGUGUGAUUUCGAGUGGCGUAAGAGGUAAUACCUCCUAUUUUGGGCUAGGUCGAGGUUGGUCUAGCGCGAAAACGGCGUGAGUUACGCAGUGCGGGACAGAUAC